ACUUUCAAAUCACGUGAGCCUAUAUUUUAUUCACAACAGAACAUAGAUAAUAUUACAAAUGUUCAAAGGCCGAAGACCUGUAUUGGAUGCCCGUGGUCUUCGGGCCCUCAGACGACUCUGCAUCACUCAUCGGCAUGAUUGUGUCAAUGACAUUACUAAAUGGGCCCAGGAAUACUUCCAGAAGGCACAGUCGACUGUCAGGCUGUAGAGUCACAGAAGAAGGCUGUUCUUCCCUGGCUUCAGCUCUGAGGUCAAACCCCUCACACCUGAGAGAGCUGGACCUGAGCUACAAUCACCCAGGAGACUCAGGAGUGAAGCUGCUUUCUGCUGUACUGGAGGAUCCCAGCUGUAAACUGGAGAAGCUGCAUGUGGAUCACGGUGGAGAGUGCAGGACCAGACCAGGCUUACAGAAAUACUCCUGCCAGCUGACGCUGGACCCCAACACAGCAAACAGACGCCUGUCUCUGUCAGGGGGGAACAGGAAGGUGACAAAUGAGUGGUGGGCAGAGCAGCCAUAUCCUGAUCAUCCAGAGAGAUUUGACAGCUGGGAACAAAUUCUGUGCAGAGAGAGUCUGACUGGCCGCUGUUACUGGGAGGCUGAGUGGGAUGGAGUUGCAGCCUGGAUAGGAGUGACUUACAAAGGGAUCAGGAGGAAAGGAGGGAGUGACUGUCUGCUUGGAGACAAUGACAAGUCAUGGAGUCUGUGCUGUAAUACUGUCAGUUACUCUGUCCUGCACAAUAAUAAAGAGACUCUCAUACCCAUAGAGCCCUCAGGCUCCCACAGAGUAGGAGUGUAUCUGGACUGGGGGGCUGGUGCUCUGUCCUUCUACAGAGUCUCCUCUGAUGGACUGACCCCCCUGCACAGAUUCACCUCCUCAUUCACUGAGUCCCUCUAUCCAGGGUUUUAUGUUUAUAUAAACUCCUCAGUGUCACUGUGACGUGUUGCUGGUUCUCCUGCAAAAAGGUAAAAUCUCUGCUUUUUAACCUUUAUAAUCCUUUUUACUCUGAAAUGUACAGAACUAUGCAAAAGUCUUAGGCAGACAAAGAAAAUGAUGUUUAGAUUAUCCUCCUGUUGGUGUAAAACUAUGAUAUGAUGCCUGUCAAAGUGUGUCAGCUUCGCCAUUUCAGAACCUCUGCUAAAAUCAUCCCAGUAUUUGCAGCGACCGUCCAGUGCAGCCAUGUAUUUUUUGACUUGGCCACUAGCAGACCUCAUACAGCUAGUCAAUCUCUCACUGACUUUUCAAACCAAUACAUUUAAUUAUUUA